GGGUCGGGGGAGCGUUUUCAAAGAGGGAGGGGAGAAGAUCAGAGAAGCAAAAAAAAAAAAAAAACUCACCCAUCCUCAUUCUUCUUCUUCAAUUAUUUUCCUCUCUUUUCUUCUUUUAGAAUCAAAAGCUCUUUUUGACCCAGUUCUUUCUCUUCUUCAAAUUUGGUUUUUCCUCUUCCUCGGACCAAACCCUAGAACCGUGAGCAAUGAAGAUUGGAGGCUGCUAAGGGUAGAGAUUUAUUGCAUAAAUGGGUGAGUUGAGAGGUUGCCGUAAGAAUUUCGGAUCAAGGUGAUGAAUUUGAUUUGGAUGUCUUGUGUCUUUCUGCUUGGGUAAUGAGAUCAGUCAAGUUUGCCUCAGUAGGCAGAGAUGGACAUUGCUGCUCUUUUAACCUCUGCUGGAAUUAAUAUUGCCGUGUGCGUGGUGCUCUUUUCACUCUAUUCAAUAUUAAGAAAACAGCCCAGCAAUGUCAAUGUGUACUUUGGAAAAAGGUUAGCUUCCAGGUGUUCAAAAAGCCGGGAUCUUUGUUUGGAUAGAUUUGUUCCCUCUCCUACUUGGGUAAUGAAAGCAUGGGAAACAACUCAAGAGGAAAUGUUGACUACCUGUGGCUUGGAUGCUGUGGUUUUUAGCAGGAUGGUUGUGUUCAGUAUUAGAGUAUUUUCUGUUGCUGCUGUCAUCUGCACUAUUCUAGUGCUUCCAGUGAAUUAUUAUGGUCGGGACAGAAAACAUAAGAAUAUACCUUUUGAGUCACUGGAAGUAUUUACUAUUGAGAAUGUUAAAGAAGGAUCCGAGUGGCUUUGGGCUCAUUGUCUCGCAUUAUACAUCAUAACAUUAACAGCUUGUACUCUUCUUUACAUUGAAUACAAAAGCAUUACUAAUUUGCGGCUACUACAUAUUACCUCAUCGCAGCCAAAUCCUAGUCAUUUUGCAAUUCUUGUCAGAGGAAUACCUUGGUCUUCAGAUCAAUCAUACUGCGAAACAGUGAAAAAGUUUUUUUCAUUCUAUCACCCCUCAACAUAUUUGUCGCACCAAAUUGUGUAUAAGUCUGGUUCAGUCCAGAAACUGAAGGAUGAUGCAGAAUAUAUGUGUAAAAUGCUCAGUUCUGGUUGUGGUUCAAUGGAACAGACGUGUAAGCCAAGUUUUGCGCAAUGUUACUUUUGUGGAGGAUCCACUAAUUCUUUUAAGAUUAUUUCUAAUGAAACUGAUAGUAUACACGGAAGAACAGGCUACUCUGACGUGCAUUUAAAUGCAAGAAAAAAGGAAUGUGCAGCUGCUUUUGUGUUCUUUAAAAGCCGUUAUGCUGCUCUUACGGUUGCUCAAAGUCUUCAAACAUCAAAUCCUAUGCUAUGGGUCACAGACCUAGCUCCUGAACCACAGGAUGUUUACUGGUCCAACCUUUGCAUACCAUACAAGCAACUUUGGAUCCGUAAGAUAACUACAUUUGCGGCUUCUGUCACCUUUGUCCUUGUAUUCCUUAUCCCUGUCACAUUCGCCCAAGGAUUGACGCAACUGGACAAGCUUGAGAAAAUGUUCCCUUUUCUCACAGGAAUGCUUCAAAAGAAAUUUGUGAUUCAGCUGGUGACUGGUUACUUACCAAGUGUGAUUUUGGUUUUAUUUUUAUAUGUUGUUCCACCAGUGGUGAUGCUAUUUUCAACAAUGGAGGGAUGUGUUUCUCGUAGUGAAAGGAAGAAAAGCGCAUGCUCCCAAGUUUUGUACUUCACAAUUUGGAAUGUUUUUUUUGUAAAUGUUUUUGCCGGGUCUGUUAUCAGCCAACUCGCAGUAUUUAGUAGUCUAACAGAAUUACCUGCCCAACUUGCCAAGGCUGUUCCUGCGCAGGCUACCUACUUCACAACAUAUGUUUUAUCAUCUGGUUGGGCAAGUUUGGCAUUUGAAAUUAUGCAACUCUUUCCGCUUUUUUGCAAUCUGUUCCAAAGAUUCAUACUUGGGUAUAAUGAGGAUACAAUGAAUGGCUUCCUAACUUUUCCAUACCAUACAGAAGUUCCAAGGAUCUUGCUGUUUGGAUUCCUUGGGUUCACCUGUUCUAUUCUGGCACCCCUAAUAUUGCCCUUCUUGUUGUUCUACUUUGUACUGGCAUACGUCGUUUACCGAAACCAGAUUCUGAAUGUAUAUAUUAAAAAAUAUGAUAGCGGGGGACAGUUAUGGCCCAUUGCUCACAACACAACGGUCCUUUCGUUGCUGGUCGCUCAAGUUAUUGCACUUGGGGUGUUUGGAAUAAAACAGUCACCAGUUGCAUCAGGGUUUACCUUUCCAUUACUGAUCUGCACUGUACUAUUUCACCAAUAUUGUAGGCAACGAUUUCUGCCAAUAUUUAAGAACAAUGCAACACAGGUUCUUAUCGACAUGGAUAGGAGAGAUGAGCGUUGUGGGAGAAUGGAACAGAUUUAUGAACAGCUGAGUUCAGCGUAUUGCCAGUUUUCUAGUUCUGAUCAAUCCGACUGUUUCAGCACUCAUCAAGGGGAAAGAGAAGAUGUUCGAACGCCGCAAGAUAUGGAGAAAGCCAACGAAAUGAGAGAAGAUAUAUCAUGGCCACCAGUUAUUCAUAGUUUCGAUAAGCCGGUAAAAGGGGGGAAGUAAUUUUAGUUUUUACACCCGCAGAUGUUGUAAGAAUCGUGGUGUCCCCUAAAAGGGAUGGAGCAUCAUGAAUCAACAAUUUU